AUGCUCGCUGCACGGUAUUGCUGUGCGUCGCCACCUCCCUACUCUGAGCGUGCGCACUUUAGUCAGUACAAGACGGGUGUUCCCCCUCCCCCCUUCUGCCCUCUGUUGCCUCUGCUGCUGCGGCCGACCUCCUUGGUCUUGAGUCGGUCGGUGCGGCGUCUGCCCCUAGCGGGAGACGCGCUCUGGCAGGGGCCAAGGGGGGCAGGGGGCACUGGAGGAGCGAGCGGGGCGGUGGAGGUGGAGGUGGAGGCGGCGGGGGGAGUGGGGGUGGCGGUGGGAGUGGAGGUGGGGGUGGAGGUGUCGGUGGCGGCAGUGGAGGCGGAGGCGGCGGCGGCUGGGUGGCGGUGGGAGCGGAGGUGGCGGGAGGUCGGUGGCGGUGGAGGAGGCGGUGAGGCGGCGGUUAGUAGCGGAGGCGGCGGAGGCGGCGGGAGGCGGCGGGGGUGGCGGUGGAGCUGGUCGCGGGUCUACGCAGAGGAGUGGCUCGGUGGUGGUCCGCGCCAGCCAGCAGCAGCGCGGUCGUGA